AUGUCACGGGUAGUUGCAACACAAGUUGCUGUGAAAGAUUUGCAAGACGUCCAGAAAACAGAAACAGAACCAUCAGAAAGCGAGAAAGUAGUUACUGUUGAUCCGAAAGCGUCGCUCAGCUUCAGAGGUUUGUCAAUAAUACUUAAUCUUGACUUGGGUAUUCGUAGCGACAAAAAGAUGAAAUCUUUCAAAGUAAA